GAUUCCUUCUUUUGUUCAACCCCCAUUCAAUGAAACAACAAUAGCUUACCCCGGGAAGAAACCAAACAACAAUGGCGACGGUGGUGGAAUCAUCGGAAUCUGACACUCCUCCUCCGGCACCUGGCAACCACUCCACAACCAGCAACCGUCCAACCCUCGAUCCAACGACGCCGUUUAUCGACUACGCUGUUGGGCAAGCCCUUCUCUACCAGAAGGCCUUCAACGACGCUGUUGAAUCUGCAAUCGACGCUUCCAAAUCUCGUUUUUCUCAAAUCCGUUCCACUUCUUCUGCUCAUUUUCAACAAACCUUGUAUGCUUUGGAUGAUUUCAAGUCACAGUACAAUGCUUAUGAGGAUCUUUUGUUUGGGAAGAUCAAAGAGGGUGUACUUGUUGCAUCUUCACACCCGGUGAUUACUUGUGGGGCUGCUGCUGCCACCGGCCUUAUGGUAUUCAAAAGGCCUCGACGGAUCUUGUACUACAACACUAUGCGUCUUUUUCUUAAUGAAGAGACUUUGAUUUCUAGAGCUAGUGCUGAAGUCAAAGAAUUGCGCAAAUCAAUUGAUCUUCUAAAGGCUGAAGGUGAAAAGUGGGAGAAGAGUGCAUUACAUGCAGAAGAGCAAUUCUUACAUGGGAGGACAAAACUCAGACAAGCAGGAAAGCAGAUCCGAAAUGUGAUUGAUUCAGCAUAUAAAAUUGAAAGACGUGCAGGAGGUUUAAAAGAUAUCCUUGGAGAGCUACCUAGAAGAGAAGCAUCUCACUUUCGAUCACAGGUUUCUAAACUUGCUUCUGAGGCCAAGCGAGAAAAGAAUUCCUUGACCAAGGAGGUCUCUAAAAUUAGCAAUUAUGGCAUCUCGGUUUGAGAAACUUUGCUUCAGCAUUCUCCUGUUGAAUAGUUUUCUGAUCAGCACUAUCCAGUGGUCUUCCCUGCUUUCUCAUCAGGAAUAUAACCCUCCAUUUUUUUCUUGAAAUAAUUCCUUUGGUUUAUCAUGUUACGAAGAGGGGGGUGCAUUGGGAAGGUAAGCACCCAGGAGUACUUAACUUUGAGGCCGUAUACCUUCAAAUAUGUUUUUUUGUUCUUUUUCUCAUUAUAUAAAGCUCAAAAGGACGAAUGACAUUUCAUCA